AUGAGAGUUGCCGAGAGUUGCCGAGAGUUGCCGAGUGUUUCCGAGUGUUGCCGAGAAUUGCCGAGAGUUGCCGAGUGUUUCCGAGAGUUGCCGAGUGUUUCCGAGUGUUUCCGAGUGUUUCCGAGUAUUUCCGAGUGUUGCCGAGUGUUGCCGAGAGUUGCCGAGAGUUGCCGAGAGUUGCCGAGAGUCGCCGAGUGUCGCCGAGUGUCACCGAGAGUCGCCGAGAGUCGCCGAGCGUCGCCGAGAGUCGCCGAGAGUUGCCGAGUGUUUCCGAGUGUUUCCGAGUGUUUCCGAGUGUUGCCGAGAGUUGCCGAGAGUUGCCGAGAGUUGCCGAGUGUCGCCCAGUGUCGCCCAGUGUGGCCCAGUGUCGCCCAGUGUCGCCCAGUGUCGCCCAGUGUCUGUCGCUUUCGGACGACUAAAUACUAUGUCUAG